GCGCGCCUUGCCUUGGGGAGAGGGGGGCGGGGAGGCGUGGAGCGAGUGAGGGAGAACCUAUAGAAGUCCUUAAUUUUCUUUCCUUUUAUCACCAUCCCGCCUCGUCAUUGCCCCAGCGAGCCGGCGAGGACAAGUGAAAAGUGUGGUGUGGAGAAAGUUGGGCGGCGGUGGUGGUGGUGGUGGAGGUGAAGUGAGCUGUUGACUAUAGAAUCCAAUUAAAAACGCUAAGAGCUUGGAAAAGGGUUCGUUGAGUUGCGUAUCGUAUCGUUCACUCGCUCGCUCGCCCGCGGAGGAGGACUAAACAAAAAGAAAUAAUCCAUCGCUUUACUUAUUCUUCCUUUUUCUUUCUCUCUCCCAGCCCAAGAAGAGACGUGAGCGAAAAUAAAGGACAGUGCAAGGAAAACUUUCACUCGCCAGACAGCGAAGUUAAGUAUUAAAAACUUUCGCCACUAAACGUUUUAAAGUUUCACUCCACAAACUCUCGCCCAUAAAAAAAAACUUCCCCACAAAAAAAAAAUAUAUAAACCACAAAAAAAACAAGUUCGAACCGCGUAACUGAACCCAACAAACGUGUGUGAAACUUCGCGUGACACAGCAAUCAAAGGGCUCCGAAACUGCUGCAUAACUCCCCCGCCUCGACCAAGUUUCGGCCGGGGCUCGCGUUUCAUGAGGCGUGGCGAACAUCAUGAAGGAGGAGAAACUCGAAGCCCCGAAACACCGCCACUUCGAACCCCGCCAACGCCGCCACUGCUGCUCAAACUUUGCCUAAUGAAUCUUGGAAGGCGAUGCUGAAAAUUUGAAAGGCGAUGCGAGUGGCUUGAGUGAGGGCGUGGCGUGGCGGGGCGCGGCCGUCAGGUGCACGCCUGAGAGAGGCCAUGUGUGGGCGGCACCGGGCGGCGUGGGCGGCGCUGGCCCUGUGCCUGUGGUCCUCGGUGGUGUGGGUGGGCGCCGGGGAGGGGCGGCGGACGCGGCUGGUCACCAAGACGGCGGAGGAGGAGGAGGAGGGGGAGGUGCUGCCCCGCCCCGGAGCCUCUACCAGGGAGAGGGAGAUUGCGGCCAUCUUCAGGGGCGUGGCCUACGGCGCCCCCACCACCACCACAACCACCAGCACCACCACUACAACCACUACCUCCACCACCACAUCCACCACCACCACCACCCGCCCCACCGCUGCUGGCAGGCCCCCUGACCACCGCCGGGAGGGUGCGGCCGGCGGGGCCAGUCAGCCUGCCUCGAGGCGGGAUGAGGGGCAGAAAGGCAGCGGGGGCAUCGAACCCGCCAGAGCUCUACCCCCUCUAGCUGGCGGGGAGGGUGUUGUCAACAUCACGACGGAGGUGUGGCGCGGCGCGGCGUGGGGUGCCCGCGUCUACCUGACCGGCGGGCUGUUCUGUGUGGUGGGCGUGGCGGCACUGUGCCUCGUGCCUCGCGCUGCCCACGCCUCGCCGCUCCUCGCUGUGCCACAUUUCCUCGCCCUCCACCUCCUCGUGCUGGCCGCCGUCGUCUGCCGCUGCCUUCACCUGCUGCAUGAUGCGCCGCACGUGGUCCCGACGCUGCCGGCUCCGCUCCUGACGGCGGCCGAGGAGGGCGCUUGGCCGCUGCUCACGGCGGGCCUGGCCGUGUUGGUGGGCGGGGCGCUAAGGGCUUGGUUUAGCCCUUCCCGGCCUCGCCUUGCCCUCGUCCUCGCCGGGGCGGCUGCUGCCCAUCUCGCCUCGCUGGCCGUCACCCACCUCGGCGCCGCCUUAUUGAGGGUGCCCCACAACCCCAUUGCUUUGGCCGCCUCCACCGUGGCCAUCACCUGCGGGACAGCGGUGGGCGUGGCUGGGCUCUGGGCGGUGUGGCCGUUUGGCAGGAGUGCAUCAGCCAUGGGCAGAGUGGAGGAUGGAGGGGAGGCGUGUGGCGGCCCCUCCCCACCCUCACACCUGCUGCUGGCGGCGUCCAUAGUGGAGCUCCUGCUGGCCGGGGCGAGGAUGUUCCUGCUGAUUGCGCCGCCCACCCUCGGCCCCGCCUGGGCCCGGUGGUUCCAUCUCACACUGCCACACCUCCUGGAGAUGCUGCUGGCCUCCCUGCUGCUGGCCGCCGCUGCCCUCACCGCCGGUCCGCCCGCCGGCAUCUUCUACUGUGGCUGCUGCCAGAAGAGGACGGCGGAGCUGAUGCACCCGUCCGCCGUGAAGAUGGUGCACCCUCUGGGGGUGUACACGGUGGAGGAGGUGGCCGCCGCGCCACCCAAGAACCAGCACGCCCGAACCCUUGCGGCGCUCUCCGUGGGCGGCGGCAGCACCACCAAGCUGAAGCACCGCGACCACAAAAGCCUCGACUACGUUACGUCGGACUUCCAGCUGGUGUGGAGCCACGUGCGGCCCCUCGCCGCUCCCCACAGUGGCCAUCGCCUCGACGCCGCUGACGACUUCCUGACGCUGCCUGCCGAGAAGCCUGACCUGCCCCGCGCCCACCUGCUGCCGCUCGCUUCCGCUGGCGUGGUGGGUACCGAAGUGUUCACGUGCACCCUGCCCAGUUAUCGCCUGUACGCCGCCGCCCCAGCCGCACCGUACCACACGGAGCGGGGCGGAGGAGCGGGGCGUGGCGGCGGGGUGGGGCCAGGCCUGCCCUACAGGCACUCAGCCACACUGUCCCGCGGCAGCAGCGGACGAGUGUACUCGUCCCCGCAGGCGAGUCUGAGGGCGAGCCGCAGCUGGGACGAGCUAUCAACGAGCCACAUUUACGAGGAGCCGCAGCGCGCCACCAGCGGCUCGGUGGAGGAGGCGCUCUCUGACCUGUCAGACCUGGUGACGGACUGCCCCAGCGACCCUGCCAGCCCCGACCCCCCGCCCCGCACCCGCCGCCGUUACCCGCCGCCCCUCCACCACGACUCCUCUACCCUCACCGUCCCCGGCAAGCAGCACUCUCAAAGGUCCAGGGAGCCCCUGCCCCUCCCUGGCACGCCGCCCCCCACCUCCCAGACACUCCCUCUGCUGCCCCCCGCGACGACACCCUCCAGCAUCCAUCCCCCAAAGAACCUCCACUCCCGCGUCUAGGCUCAGCGUCGCCGGCGGGUAAAGGGAGGACACACAUGCCGCCGUCCGGCCUCUAAUCAGCUCUAAUUAGCUGCUUAGGUCACGGCCCGAGGCCUGGCAUCUCAAACUUUCACAGGCAUCGACAGGCCGUGUGGGCGGUGGAGGGAGCGAGGCAUCGGCACAUCCCUGGGAGGCGACGCUGCCCCGCGUUGAGGCGGAGAUGUGACGUCAGUGGAACAGUCGUCCGUGAUUGAAUCUCAAGAUAUGACCUCAGUAAUAUAGUAGUGCGUGAUUGGACGAAAGAUAUAGAGUCAGUGCAAUAGUCGUCGUCCGUGAUUGGGCCGAGAGAUAUGGCGCGCGUGGAGCAGUGUGCUGUGAUUGGAGGAACAGAUAAGGCGGCGAGUGCUGUGUCGCGAGGGUCUGGCCCGGCGCUACGAUACGACGUGAUGACCAGGCUUUAGUUUUUAUUUAGAAAGACAAAACCUUUCCUUCACACCUGCACGCGUCGCCUCACCUGGAGGAAACAAUUAACCACCUGCCUUUUCCGCAAUUACCUGUUUCCUUCACAUUUUCACGUCAUCUCAUUAGCGGCAUUCUUCUCCUCCAUUACUUUGGCGCCAAUAUUACCUCUCAUCACCUGUCUCCCUCAGUGUCACCUGUCAAUUAUUUGGUUCUUCAUGAUUAUCUGUGCUUAUUAACACCCCCCACCUGUCCGCUCAUUAGUAUGCCCUCUCAUUACCUUUCUCAUUAACUGGCCCUUAUUACCUUUCUCCCUCACUCCCCAAGCCUUUACCGGUUUCCUUGUUACCUGUGUGUCUACCUCAUUAACCUGCUGUCAUUACCUGCCCUUCAUUAUCCUCCUAAACACUAAUAAACACACGGUAAUGACAUUCCCAAAGAACAUUUUUAUCUCCUAAUCCCAUUACGUCAUUUUUUCCCCUGAUUCGCCCACCAAAGGAUUUCGUAGCUGCUGCGUUUUUUCCUCUUCCUUCCUCUCCUCUCCUCUCUUCUCCCUCACCCCGCUCACAAACCAUAAACUGGGCGAGUAAUCUUCCUCUCUGUGUCGUAAAAGUAAGGUUAUCCCCGGGGUGUGUGAUAGAUGCUAGGAGAAGAUAAUAAUAAUAAUAAUAAAGCUAAUACUGUAAAUGCUACGAAUAAAAGUUAACGCUGAGGAAAUUCGUCAAGACUUCCUCGUUAAAGAACCCUUUAAAAAAAAAGACGUAGGUUCGAAGUGGGUUCCUUUAGAAAGUUUGAAGUGUAGGUGACGCAAAAAAAAAAAAAAAGGUAAUUGCGUCAUAGUUUGUGAGGGAAAUUAUAGCACUGAAAAAAAAAAAGAGUACUCCAGUUGGCAGUUGAGCACGAGGCGUUUGUAAGGAUUUAAAUGUCACUAAUAAUAAUAAUGAUGAUAAUGUUAAUGCCAAUAAUAAUAUAUAUCUAAUGAUAAUACUUGUACUGCUAAUAAACACAAUAGAACCCUGUA